UGAGUGACCGGGGAUAGCGUCCAUUCUCAUGGGUUGAGGGAUCGUUCUCGCGGGAGCAAACAAAGCAUGGUCCACGGUGGCAUCAGCAAACUUCGCUGGCAGAUAAAGACAGAGUCGAGGCCUGGCCCGAAGUUGCGAGCCCGAACACAUCACGGCCUCUUUCUUCAGUCUCGUCCACCCGCAAGCUUUAAGGCCAGCCGGUCCCCGUUCCCCGUCCCCAUCCCCGUCCCCGUCCCCGAUCUCUUUCGGUUCUACCACACCCGCCUCCUCAGGUUUUUGGUCUCCCGCCAGUAGA